UGCUGCGGUGCGGACCACGUCGAGAGUGAAGCGCUUCCCGAGAUACGCGAGAUACUGUCAGACAGAAAAGACUUAGAGAAAGAUACGAAUGCGAGUGCGAGACUUUUGCUACGUUUGUGGCUUUUUCGCGUAGCGUCUUUUGUUUUUAGUUUCGGCUUUUUGCGGAUUUUUCGGCUUUUUGCCCCGCGGCUAAACUUGAAAUUAUAGCUGAUUCGGCCAAGUAGCAGAUACAAAGAUACUAAGAUACAAGAUACAUAUGCAGAUGCGAGCUCAGCGCAGAUAAACAACAAGAGUGAACAGAGUGAAGUGAGGAGGAGAUACAAGUGGCAGAUAGACAUCGCGCGAACCCACGUCGAGAUACUUUAUUUAUAUUGUCCUGGAUUAAAUAUAUCUAAAAGUCUCGAUAGUGGCUCCAUCGCCGCCAUGUCCAGCUGAGCUUAGCCUCAGAUCUCAGUAUCAGCCCCAACAACUCAUCAUCAACCCGAAUCGCAUCGCCAUGCUGGACAAGCAGAGCUCAUCCUCCAUCUCGAUGUCAGCCUCCUGCUGCAGCUCCAACGCCACCAAUGCGGACCUGGACUACGAUGUGCCCGUCUCGCGGCGCAUUCACAUCAAAACGAAACUUUAUGCCAAGGCCAUUUACGAUAAUUAUGCAGACACGCCGGACGAGCUGCCCUUCAAGAAGGGCGACAUCCUCACCGUCAUCGAGCAGGACACGGAAGGCAUACAGGGCUGGUGGCUCUGCUCCCUGCGGAACCGACAGGGCCUUUGUCCGGGCAACCGCUUACGCAUCCUUAACUCUUACGAUUCUGGAUGCUUCUCUCCUUCGCCGGCCAGCUCACCCAUACCCUCGCUGGCCGCCAGCACAGCCACACUGAACAGCUCCAUCUGCUCGGCGGAGAUCUACGAGAAUGGAUCCAUCAUCAGCGCGGCCUCAUCCAGCGGCGGUCCGGGAGUAGAGUCAACAUCAGCGCAGUGCCGUGGCACGAGAAGAUCUUGGCACGUCUCGCCGAACAAGGUUAUAACCCCGCAGAGACACGGUGAUGUCUACAUCUACAACUGCUCGCCAGGAUCUGGGACAGGCACGGGAACGGCCAGCCCCCGCACACCCCAGCAACAGCAGCAGCUGUACAGCAACCAAAGCAUCUACCAGAACCUAGGAGCCGCCGCCAUGAUGUCCCACAACGGGAGCGCUGCCACCCCCAGUGGCAGUGAAUUCGAGACCUACGACAUCCCCAAGCCCGCCACGCCUGUGCCGCUAAACUAUGACAGUCCCAGGAGCGGAGGUGGUCCUAGGACGCCCACCAGCCUGUCAGCCCGCUUCGAGUCGCUGAAGAGCGUGCCGGCCUCCAUUGAGGAGGAGUCCUACGAUGUGCCGCGACCCCUGAUCUCCGCCGGCCUGCUGACCCAGAUGACGCCGAGCAGCUCCGCCUCCUCGCUGCUGACCAGUGACAGCCUGUCGCUGAGCUUCUCCAGCUCCAACCGCUCCUCGCUGGCCAACAUGCCCGACUAUGACAUACCGCGCCGCAAUCCCUUGCCCGUGCGCCGCCAGCAGAGCGGCCUCGCCUAUGACUCUCCUUUGCCGCCGCUGCAGGAACAGGAGCAAAGUGUGGCGCCCACCACUGCCGCCCCCGUUGCCGCCACUGCCACGCCCAAAGAGUUGCCCCUGGAGCUGAGCUCGGCCCUGGAAACGCUGGCCAAGCUGCAGCUGCAGACGACGGCCUCCAUUAGCCGGCUGCUGAGCUUCGUUGUGCCCAACUGGCGCACCCGGGCACAGCUAGAGCCGACCAUCAUGGAGCUGAAGCUGGCCGCCCUGCGGCUGCGGACCGCCCUGCACGACCUGGCCGAGUUUGGGGAGGGAGCUUUGGGCAAUGCCACGCGCUCGGAGGACCGCAGCCUGGCCCUCAAGCUGCGGCCGCUGGUGCGGGCUCUGCGGGACGCCAACAAGCUGAUACACGACUCCUCCGAGUCCCUGGACGCCCAGGGUGGGUGGUCCGUGGAGCAGCUGGCACGCAGUGACGAGAAGCACGGCUGUCGUCCGCCGGACGCCCUUGACCAGCUGAUGGCCUGUGCCCAGACCCUCACCGAGGACGUGCGCUCCACCACCAGCUUCAUCCAGGGCAAUGCCUCGCUGCUCUUCAAGCGCCAGGCACAGCAGCAGAACGGAGGAGGAGGAGGAGCUGUCGUCGUCGAAGGCAGCCGUGGCAGCGCCGAGUGGCUGGAGGAUUACGACUAUGUGGCCUUCGAGUCCAAGGAUGCGGCCGCCAGAAAGAAUCAGGCUCUGCGCGAGGCCAUUCCCGCCGGCCUGAAAACCCAGUUCGACACAGUCAUCCGAACCGCAGAGAGCACAGCCAUGGGAUCUGCCUCUAGCUCGGGCUCCGUGCCCCCCACGCCCACGGCCACGACGCCGUGCAAGUCGCCGGAGAUGACCGACAAGGACAAGAAGCUGGUGCGCUACUACGCCCAGCAGAUCUCCACGCACAUGGGCAACCUGAUGCAGGCCAUCGACUCCUUCCUGGAGACGGUGGAGAAGAACCAGCCGCCGAAGUUUUUCAUUGCCUACGGCAAAUUCGUGGUGGUCAGUGCCCACAACCUGGUGACCAUCGGCGACAACGUGCAUCGCAACAUCUCGAAGGAGGCUCUCCGCGAGAAGAUCCUGCGCUGCACGAACGGCCUGUCCGACGCGCUAAAAACCUGCGUUUCCAAGUCGAAGAAGGCGGCGGCGCACUUUCCCAGCGGCAGUGCCGUCCAGGAGAUGGUCGACUCGGUGGUGCACAUCAACAGCCUGGCCCGGGAGCUGAAGACGGUCAUGCUGCAGGCGGUGCAACUGUCGGCGGCGGCCGGACUAGGAGCCUGAAGCAGCCGCGAUCCGAUUGCGGUUCAGUAUUAGCUCGGAGAGAUGCAGCCACGUCUUCCAAGCCCCGGCCUCUCCCCGCCCACGACGGUUCCUUAACGCUUCGCCUAAAGCUUUGGCCCCGCAGACGGAAGCCCAAACUAUCCGAAAUUGGCAUAUCCCCCAGCAGCAGCAGCCGCAGCAGACUUGCAUUGUGAUAUUUUUCGAGCGAAACAUCUGAAAAUGCACACACAGGAGAAGGAGGUAGCCCAGGACUCGGCUUAGAUCUUAGUUGCUACCCACCAGAGUCAGUCGCCUAGCCCCUAAGUUUCGAUUCUGUACAUAGUAUAACUUAGCUCUGAUCUUAGCUCUAGACUUUUGUAAAUUCAAUACGAUCCCGACCCCGAUCCCCGCCAGGCGCACCAUGUUGUAUCAGUGGAUGCAUUUCAGCGUAGUUUUGUAUACCCUAGGCUUAAGCACACCGCACACCCAUCCACAUAUAGGACACACACAUAUGCAUAGUCAGAAUCUGAAAGAUUUACACUCAAGCCCCACAUGGCAGCGAUGAUGGUCGGUCGGUGGGUCAGUCAAUCAGCAAUAUACGAAAACACACGCAUUAACCUAGCAUUAGCUACCUAGUAAACGAUGUUCAGUCCCGGAGUAAGCUACAUAACCGAGCGGAAUAAGAAUAAAAUUAUAAUAAUUAUAUUAAACAAGUCUUGGAAGUCUUGGGAGCAGGCAAGGCAGAGGAGUAUCUAAGUUAAGACCAGGAGUUAAAGCAGGCAGGAUCUCAUAGAAACGAGUUCAUGAAUAACAAGAAAGAAAGCUAACUUUGGCCCUUGCAGGUAAC